UUUCAGACCGGUCUGUUUCAGCAAACCAUAGCGGGAUGCAUAGAGCGCAAGGGGAAGUGCUUGCACAGCGGCAAGCUCUCCACUGUGAAACUGUGGCCGGAGUUCACCGGAAAAAAAGGAAGGUACUUUGACUUUCUGUCAUCUCUUAUUCGAGCUUCAAUCGAGUUUGCUGAGGAUUCGCCUCUCUGCACUAGUCUAUGUAAAGAUGGGGUUCGGGUUCUAACUGUUGAGCACUUGCUAUCGGCUCCGGAAGCUAUGGAGGUUGAUAAUUGCAGGAUUGAGAUUGCAAAUUCGAAUCCCGAGGACUGCAGUGUGGAUGUUCCUAUCUUUGAUGGGUCAGCAAGUGAGUGGGUGGAGGCGAUAGAAGGAGUUGGAUUGCAAGUCGCAACUGUAUUUACUCUAUGCAAUUGUUUAGAAUUUAUAUGCACUUGCUUAUGCGAGUUUUGGAAUUUGUGCAACUCAUCGGGAAGAAAAUGUUUUGAAGAUGAACCUUGUCGUCAUAAGGUCUUAGAUCUUAUUGGUGAUGUUUCUCUCUUUGCAAGGUGUGGUAGCCAAGGGCUUCCUGUGGCACACAUAGUGGCUUACAAGGGUGGCCAACUGCAUUCUGAUUUAGUUCAGCGCCUAUCAGGAAUUUGUUAGAAGGAUCAUGCAUUUCCUUUGCUCGUCUUGAAGUCAUUGUGGAAAACUAGCACAUCUUCCCAGUCAUAGCUUGUACAAGAGAGAUUGCUUCCGUGGAUAUGAGCUUAUAAAGUAAGUGUUUAAUGGCUUAAAAAUGUGCAAACGGCAGUAUCCUAACCAGAAAGUUGAUUUAGAAAUUCCUGUGGCUUCAGCAAGUGGUGUAGAAUAGAGUGGUAGUGAAUAUACGAAUGAUCCUGUUUAUAACGUGUGUCAUAGAUUCUAGUGCACAUUUCAAUUGUCAUUUUUGUGUUCUGUCAAGAAGUCUGAGCAUGGACUAAACUUUUAAGUUUUAACCUUAAAUAUGGUUCUGCAAA